AUGACUGGGGCCGGCUGGUGGGCCUCCCUACUGCUGUGCCUGCUGCAUGCCGCUCCAGGUAAGAGCCGGGAGACGCCGGAGCACUCGGAAGGGGCCGGGAAGGGCCCGAGCCAAGGCGGUCCAGGAACUCCAGGCUCCACAUUCUUUCUUUCCCCUACAGGGAGGCCCCGUCUGGCCCCUCCCCAGAACGUGUCGCUGGUCUCCUAUAACUUCACCAUGGACCUGACGUGGCUCCCAGGGCCUGGCAACCCCCCGAAUGUGACCUACUUUGUAGGCUAUCGAAGGUACAGGUCUCUCUCCAGAUGGUACAAAGUGAAGAGCUGUGCUGGAAUCCGGGAGCUGGUAUGUUCCAUGAUGUGUCUCGAGAACCAGGACCUGUUCAACAAGUUCGAGGGGCGAGUGCGGGCAGCUUCUGCCAGUGCCAAGUCCCCCUGGGCAGAAUCCAAGCCCUUGGAAUACAUCAAUGAUGUGGAGCUGGCCCCGCCCACCCUGCAGUUAACGCAGAAGGAGGAGAGCCUGAAGGUCAAUGCCACCUUCCAGCUGCCCCCCUGCCAAUUUCCCCUGUCGCUGAAGUAUGAGGUGGAAUUCUGGAAGAAAGGCACCGGGAAAAAGAUCUCAUUUCUAGACAUACCCUAUGGCCAGCCUGUCUGGAUCCCCCUCCACCCUGCAGCCAGCGGACAGCAUUGCCUGCACGCCAGAACCGUCUAUACCCUGAUUGUUUCCAAGUUCAGCAAGUACUCCAAGCCUACCUGCUUCUUCCUGGAGGCCACAGGCGCCAACCCAGCCUUCCUGGUGCUGCCAUCCCUUCUACCACCACUGCUGGUCAUUGCCACAGGGGGCAUGAUCUGGAAGAGUCUGGGGGGGAACCCCUGGUUUCAGCGGGCAAAGCUGCCACAGUCUCUGGUGUUUUCUGGACCCCAGUGUCUCAUGGCCACCCUGCAGCCCAGUGUGCCCGAGUGCCUGGAGAGCCUGCUCCUCUGCCCCCAGGAGGAAGUGACCAGAAGGAUCCGCCAGGCCCCUGCAGGGCAGGCCUCAGGCUCACUGCAGGCAGGGCCAGGGAAGCCCGGACCUGAGACCGAGGAGGCCCCAGAGGACUCGGAAAGCUCAGAGGAGGACGAUGACGCCUGCUUCCAGCCGUACAUCGGCGCUGCCCCAUUCCUACGGCAGGAGCCCCAGACUACGGGCCCCCCUGAGGAGGAAGAGGAGGAGUCCGGGCUGGGUUCAGGGGAGACCUCCAUGCCCCUGAUCUCCAGCGAAGGCGCCUCUACUUACAACUCCUCGGGCAGAAGCUGGGCCAGCACUGCAGAUUCUUUGCUCUGGGAUGAGGCUGGCUCCUCUGGUUAUUUGGUCAACAGGGACCUAGAGCCAGGAAGGACCAAGCAUCAGAAGCCCCAGUCACCGGGGUCAUCUCAGGCGAGUGUGGGCCCUUUGGCAGAAUCCCCAGAGGACGGCCUCUGCUCCUGGGCCACCUGGGGCUCCCCACCACCUUUGCUGGGGUUGAUCCCUGAGGAGCCCCCAGUUUCUCUUCGGACACUGAUGUUCUGCUGGGACAGCAGCCCCGAGGAGGAGGAAGAGGAGGAAGAGGAGGAAGAGGAGGAAGAAGACAACAGAGAAUCAGAAACCGAGAUCAGCUGGGUGCCCGAGACCAGGGGCACAGGGCUAGGACACUACAUGGCCAGGUCAGCUGGCCCCCAGCUUUCCACCAAACCUGGUGUUGCUCCUGGAUUCGAGUUCACAGGGCCCCAGCAGGACCUCAACUCCUACAUCCCUCGCUGAGGCAGCACAAGUUCUGGCAGCCCUUUGAGAAGCCCUCUGGACCCUACUCUGUGUGCAAGUCGGGGUCAGCAGGGAGACCCCAACCCAUGACCCUGCAGGCCAAGCUUCAUGAGGAGUGAGUGGAAGGGGUCAUGGUCAGAGGUCAGGUAGGGAUCAGAUCGCCCUCUUUUUGUUCUUGUGGGACAGGGAGAAAGUCACCCCUGGAUGGCACACACAGGUGAGGUCCAGCUGUGGCCAGUGAGGAGCUGGCCAGAGCUGGGACAGGUGCUCCCACCUGAAGCACACGGGGGGCAUCAGGGCCAGCCCCCCAAACUCCCUCCAUCCCACCUCAGCCUCCGGAUGCAGUUGGCUGAGGGGGUCUGGCAGUCUGUCUUGGGAGCUCAGGCUGGCCUGAGUUGAAUGUCAGGCUCCACCAUUCGCCUUCCUUCUCUCUACCUCGCUUCCUCCCCAGAAACCACUGCCCACGGAUGGCGAGUGAUCAGGGAGUCCUUGGUGCUCUCUACGGUGGCUGGCAGGAUCCCCCACCCAACCAGGCUCCAAGUAGGCCCCCACCUGUGACUUCCCAUCUGUGACCCCCAAACUCAGAACCACCGGGAGCCAUACCCCCUUGCAGUUUGUCCCCCUGCAACCUACGUCCUUUCUGCCAGCACACUGAGUUCUCAGAAGCCAGCAUCCAGCCUGGAAGGAUUGAG